GCCAAUCGUAAUACAUACGCAACUAUCAGCAGCCUAAAGUUCUCGGCACAUCUUCGCAGUCAUUGUCAUUGUAACUGUUGUAGCAUGCGGUACACGCUUCCCUGAGUUUUUAAUAAAGCCACUAGUGGUUAAAAGAGUGGACUUAUAUUUUAUUAAAAAAGUAAAAGGAAGUUAAAAAAACAAACAAAAUUGUGAAAAAUCGAUUCAAAAAAUUGGUGCAAUUUAAUGCUUUGUGUUGAUAAGUGUUGGCAAAAAUUUAAUUUUGAAGUACCAAGCAUACAUAUUAAAUCAUACGCUUUUUAGUUAUUAAAAAAAAUUGUCUAAAUAACAACAAUGUUCUACAAAAUUAUGCUGUGGCUUUUUGCUAUUGCGACAUACUUCGCUGGGCCUGCCAGAAGUUUUGAAAUGAAUAUGACUAAAUACUUUAAAAUGCCAAACCUCUAUGACUUUGAUGACUUCGAUCGUUGUUUACAAGAAUUCAAACGUUCGGAGACAUAUUGCUUUGUACGCGCUGAGGUGUUGCCGCAAGCGAACUCGGAGGCUUGGCAAGCCAUUGCUGAGAUAUCGAAAUACAAUAAACAUCAUUUCGAUCAUCGACAUUUGUAUUAUGGACUGUGUUUGCGCUGGUGUAAAGAGGAUUUGGCUGCUGCUGAUCCAGAUGUGGUCAAAGAACUCUAUGCUGGAUUACUAACGAACAACACAAAGCUCAACACAUACGUUGGUCUCUUUACCGUCGAGGAGACGAAUCGCGAGCAAUACAAUACUAUAAUGAAUCAAUGUAUAAAUUUAAGAUUGACACAAACACAUGGAUUGAGGGCUGUUAGCAUGAUUGAAUAUUGUGAAACAAAUCACAAAGUUAUUGAAAUGGAUACAUGGAACCUCACCUUCUACGCCAUCACUUUUGUGCUGAUUUUACUAGUAGCUGGCAGCAGUUUAUUUGAUUUUUAUCUCAAACAUAGGCCUAGCGAUAAAGAGAUUUCAAGGGAGGAUCAUUACAAAAGCGCCGUCAGGGGUAUAAUCAAUCGUCUCUGUGUAAGUUUCUCAGUGGUGCGCAAUUGGUAUCGUCUAAAUCAGGAACCAGUCGGCAAAAUGGGACGCGAUCUACGUUUUCUUGAUUGCUUCAAAUUUUUCUGUAUGUUCUUGGUGGUGUUUGCACACACCAACUGGAUACUCUAUGAGGGCGCCUUGAGUAAUCCACAGGAUAAUGAGCGUUUGUUGCAUACCGUUGCGGGUACAUUACUAAUUUCGGGUGGUUUGAUUACAAUUACUUUCUUUGUAUUUAGCGGCUUGUUGUUGACUAUCAAUUGGCUGGCAUUGACAAAGAUUAAGAAUGAAUUGAGUACUAAAGAAUAUGUAGAGGUGUAUAUUAAAUUUAAUAUAUUCCGUUACUUGCGUUUAACCAUUCCAUACGCUUUUGUUAUCCUAUUGAGUGGCGUAUAUUUUGAUAAUCACGGCGGGCCACUUUGGCGACAUAUUGUUGAACGUGAGCAGCUCGCUUGUCGCAAGAAUUGGUGGGCUAAUUUGCUUUAUAUCAAUAACUAUUACAGGAACAAUGAGAAGUGUAUGCUUCAGAGCUGGUAUUUGGCAUCCGAUACUUUCUCAUUUAUGAUUUCUUUGCUCAUAUUAAUGAUCGCACAUAAAUAUCCCCACACUCGUAACUGGCUAUUCGGCUGCAUUGGCGGUUUCUUCUAUGUACUGCCAGGAUUUAUUGCCUAUUUCGGCAAUUACGAUCCCUUUUUUGUGCCUUCGCCACAAACGCAAAAAGACUCGUUCAUAGAUGAUCGCGAGUUCAGCGAAUUCUAUGCGCCAUUUCAUAUGAAUUUCGCUUGUUAUUUCAGUGGCGUACUUGCCGCCAUUGUCUACGAUGAAAUUUCUAGCAAACAAUUUAAACUGCAUAAAUCCAAAGUGUUUCAAUGCCUUUGGUAUGCGCUUAUUCCGGCUGGUAUUCUUUGGCUCUUAUCGGCUCAUCCUAUCUAUCAGCAUUACUAUGAGGAGCAACCACAUUUUUGGAAUAGUAUCUAUGCUGCCAUACAACGCAAUAAUUGGGGUUUAGCCUUGGGCGUAUUCGUGGUGGGCAUAGCUUGCAAAGUUGGAGGUUUAUUCCGCAAAUUUUCUUGUUUGCCUAUUUUCCGUAUUUUAGGUCGUCUGACGUAUGGCGCCUUCGUGAUACACAUUUUUGUAGCGCGCUUUGUAUUGGGCACGUUGAGAACUCCACUUUUCUUUGGCCCUGAGGUUAUGUUCUCCUUUAUACUAUCUACGUUGGUAGUUUCUUAUUUACUUUCACUGCUGUUAGCCAUUCUGGUUGAAUUGCCUACAUCAGCAUUGCUGAAACUUAUGCGUUAGAUUUUUUUCUAAAUCAAGAUGAUUAUGUCGCUUGCCAAAUUGCCCAGGGAAUAUGAACAUCAUGACCCGUAAUUUCGAUUUAAAAGACUAGCUCAAAAAUUGCUUCAAUACCCAGCGAAUGAGUAUACCAACUUUUUUAGUUGUUAAUUUUAAGAUUUAAAAGCUUUUUAUUUAUAAAAAUACAUAUUUUUAAGUACAUUA